AGAAAUGGACAAGGAAAUUUGACAAGGUUUACUCGGAUGCUAAAUAACUCAUUUUGGCUCGUACACCGGCGUUAAAGGGUAGGUAAUGUACGGUGCGGUUUACGUCCUGUCCACGGUGACGGGCUACGUCCUCACCUCCGCGUUGUUGCUCAAAUGCCCGACUCUUCUGCAUCGGAAGAAGAAAGAGAGGUUCCACAGUAAGCACAUUUCUCAUCGUGGAGGAGCAGCAGAGAACCUUGAGAACACAAUGGCGGCUUUCAAACACGCCGUGGCUCUUGGCACUGACAUGUUGGAGCUUGACUGCCAGCUGACGAAGGAUGAGCAGGUUGUAGUGUCACAUGACCCGCAUCUGCAGCGAGCAACUGGUAUUAAUGCCUACAUCUCUGACAUGGCAUAUAGGGAGUUGCCACCAUACCUCUGCAAGCUGGAUGUGACCUUUCAAAGGGAGUGUAUAUGCGAGGGGGGAGAGGACAAACGCAUUCCUCUGCUCAAGGAUGUUUUUGAAGCAUUCCCCAACACCCCUGUCAACAUUGACAUCAAGGUCAACAACGAUACACUCAUCAAGAAGGUUUCCGAGCUGGUUGUAAAAUAUGACAGAGAGAAUCUUACAGUAUGGGGCAAUGCCAGCAACCAGAUAGUCAGGAAGUGUUAUAAAGAGAACCCUCGCAUUCCUGUGUUGUUUAGCUUUCCCAGAGUGUUGCAGUUGUUGUGUCUCUUCUACACCGGUCUUCUCCCUUUUGUUCCUUUAAAGGAACAGUUCUUGGAGAUCCCAAUGCCCAAUAUUGUUAACAAACUUUAUGAUCCGAACAGAAUGAGCAAGAGUCAGCGCCUAUUCACCUGGCUUGCAGAUAACUUAUUGAUGAGGAAAGCGCUCUUCCAGCAUCUCACUGCUCGGGGAAUACAGGUGUACAUUUGGGUGCUGAACGAUGAAGAAGACUUCCAAAGGGCAUUUGACUUGGGAGCUACAGGGGUUAUGACAGAUUUUCCCACCAGGCUGAAAGACUUCUUGGAUCGGAAUGGCCUUUCCAAGCCUCAGUGACUUAUUUACACCUGAACGCUGCCAUAAAACGAGGAUAAUUGUGUUUGAGCACUGCACAUUUUUAUACUAGCAAUACCAUUGAACCCAAAAACUCAUUGAAGUUAGGUAUUAAAUCUCUACGCACCUUUUAUGUAAUCGUUACAACCGCAGCUCGAUCAUUUUACAGUACUUGAAUGUAUUUGUAACGUUUGCAAUACUACUCAUGCAUUAGAUGUUGCACGCAAAAACACCGGCAGAUGGCGCUGCCAAUCACAAUUGGCCUCCCAUUUUACUUCAUGGGCAGAUGUUUUGUUUUUGGUUUCAUUUUAAAAUCUGGUUUCACGUUUGCACUGAUAACAGGACUGGCUUAACAGCUGCACUAAAAGCUGUUUUCAGAGACGGGAAUGGCAGUCCUGACAAGAUUUGAUUUCAAUUAACGUGCGAGUUAAAUUUCAAACACUGGCGAGUUAAAUUUCACAUGCGCUCAAGGACACUACUGCGAUAUUUUCUUGAAUGAAUAACAUUUCAAUUCAAGAGGCAUUUCCAUGUGCAAGAGCAUUUACACGUUUCUUUUCAUGAGUUGCACUGUUGUGUUUGUCUUUUUUUCUGGAAAAAAAUCUUAACAUUUUGUCAAGAGACCAGAAAAUAAUGAUUGACUUUGCUAAAUAAAUGCAGAGAAACAAAAUAAGAAAUCAACUGGAGGAUGAUCAAACCACUAAUAUUCUCCAAUCCAGAUAGGCGACCAAGCACUGAGUCAUGAUUGAAUGUAAUGUUGGAUGCGUUUUUGCUAUUUGGUGUUGUCAAUGAAAUUAGCUUUUAUAUUUGUGUAUUUAUUGAUUAGUACAUCUCCCCAAAGUCUUGUCGUCUACUUGCAUUUCAGAUCUUAAAGCAACUGAAAUUGUCUACAUUAUUUGUAUUAUAUUGUGUCAUUGAUGCAUGCACGUUUGAAGAUUUACGAGUGUGUUUUGGUGAUUUGAUCUGUUUUGACAGACUCACUUCGUCAUGGUUGUAGGCGUGACAAAGUUUUGUGGUAUCUCGGGUGUUUUUUCGACAAAAUAAAUAUGUACACGAU